UGUUCUUUCUCUUUUCAUGUCCAGCUUCAGCAAAUUAAGUUAUCCAACAGGCUCGCAUGUGAUAAUGAUUACUUUUUAAUUACGUGCCUAUGGCUACUCUCUGAAUCUGCAGGGAAACCCCAGCACUGGACAGAAAGAUUCUUAACAGGGUCUGUGUGGCUGAUCUCAAAUAUGGAGAGGGAGGGAAGAACUCAAGGUUAAUCAUUUCUCAGUGCUGUUAUCACAGUUAUGUCUGGGAAAUGUUUGGGGAGUAUUCUCUUUGUAUGCGCUGGAUACGUUGCCUGAAUGCUGGGUUGCUGACACGUGAACAUGGACGAACAAAAGGAUGAUCAGACUGACCAAGAUGACAGCACUAACAACUCUGAAAAGAAGAGGAGCAGAUCCUGGUGCUGUGCUGAUGAUGGUUCCACGGUUCCACGACCCUUCUCCUGGGAUCUCCUUUACAUUUUUGAGACUGUUCUGUGAGACACGGCAAACGUCUUGCAGUGGCAUGUAUUAAUGUGUCAUCCUCGAGGAGCUGGACGACUUGUGCAACCCAGGCUGCUCGAACCAUUUCAAGACACUAACAAAAAGCAAAGAGAAGAAAGAGAUAAAUCACCUAAUAAGGAUAAAGAGAGAGCCAUAGAUUGUUGUUACCAAGUACGAAGUCAUUCCCUUUUUGGAGGUUGUGUUGUUGUUGCCUCUUCAGUGCCUCUGCUGUUGCCACUAGACUUCUCCGCUGGUUUAUAGCAACAUAUAAUAGCAAACACCUAGAUUACCCCAGUAUAGUCCCCAGAGGAUGAUUCCUAACAUUCCUGGUCAUUAUUUAACCCUUUCUCUCCCGUAAACCUAUACACAAUAGAAAUUCAUAUUCUUCUAUAACUCGUUUACUUAAUAUUUUACACAACCUUCUGAUGGAGAGUGUAGCACCUUGCCAAGAGGAUACUCAUAAAUCACUCACGGCCUGCCUGUUGUGUGCUGCCUUCUUUGGCUCCCUGGGCUCAUCUUUCCUUUAUGGCUACAACCUCUCUGUGGUCAACGCUCCUGCUCUGUACAUUAAAGCUUUCUACAAUAAGACAUGGAUUGAGAGAUAUGGGGAGCCUAUUUCAGCAGAGACGGUGACCCUCCUCUGGUCCAUCACAGUGUCCAUAUUUUCUAUUGGAGGCCUUUUUGGAGCCCUGUCUGCCACGUUAAUCAUCAAAGUCCUGGGCAGAAAGGGGACCUUGCUGCUGAAUAACAGCUUUGCUGUAAUAGCUGCUGUGCUUCUGUCUCUGGGUGAAAUGUCAAGAUCUUUUGAGAUGCUCAUCAUUGGACGACUCAUUAUGGGGGUAGACUCUGGUAUUGCUCUCAGUGCUCUCCCCAUGUACCUGGGAGAAAUUUCCCCAAAACACUUCAGAGGUAUGAUUGGCCAGUUCAACUCCAUUCUAAUCUGCUUAGGAGUGUUCACUGGGCAAGUACUGGGGCUGCCUGAGCUGCUGGGUCAGGAGUCCACCUGGAUUUACCUGUUUUCCUUCCUUGCGUUGCCCGCAAUGCUGCAGCUGUGUGUGCUGCCCUUCCUCCCUGAGAGUCCUCGCUACCUGCUGAUGGAGAGGAGGGAUGAGGCUGGAGCGGAAAAAGCCUUUCAGAGGUUUUUGGGAAAGAAGGAUGUGUCCCAGGAGCUGGAAGAGGUCCACAUGGAGUCUCGAGCUCAGGACAAACUACACACCGUCUCUGUCUUACAGCUGCUGAAGAGCCCAGCUGUUCGCUGGCAGCUCAUAACUGUCAUCAUCACCAUGGCCUGCUAUCAGCUCUGUGGCCUCAAUGCAAUCUGGUAUUAUACCAAUGGGAUUCUUCGUGAAGCAGGCUUUACUGAGAGCAUACUUCCCUACAUCACACUGAGCACAGGUGCCAUAGAGACUCUGGCUGCCAUCAUCUCAGGCUUGGUGAUAGAACGAAUUGGCAGGAAGCCCCUUCUCAUAUUUGGUUUCUUUUCCAUGGCCGUGUUCUUCAGCCUACUCACAGUUUUUCUUAAUUUCCAGGAUAGAGUGUCAUGGAUGCCCUACCUCAGUUACGUCUGCAUACUCGCUGUGAUUGCCUCCUUUUGCUCUGGACCAGGUGGCAUCCCCUUUAUCCUGACCGGGGAACUGUUUGAACAGUCUUAUCGACCUGCUGCCUUCAUGAUCGCUGGCACAGUAAACUGGCUAUCUAACUUUACUGUGGGCCUCCUUUUUCCAUUUAUUCAAGAGACGCUGCAGUCCUUUUCCUUUCUUGUGUUUGUGGCAGUCUGCAUUCUGGGAUCCAUAUACCUCUAUGUUGUCCUCCCGGAAACCAAAAAUAAAACCUUUAUGGACAUCAGCCAGAGCUUUGCCAAGAUUAAUAAAAUGCCCAUUCCCUCGCCUGGUCAGGAAAUGGAGCUGGUUCUGUCCAUUAACUCUGACACGAAUGGAAAAGCCCAAGAUGCCACUAAGAUGCAAACUUCUUUGUAAAUGAAGGAAUGAAGCACAGUCAUAAUCGAGAAGCAGGGUCAAAUGUGUGAAAAUAUUUCUUGUUUUUACAUAUUUACUGAGCAUCAACAAUUAAGUAAAGUCAGUGCUUUUUUUCAAUGUCUUUUUAUAUGACUGCAAUUUUUUUUAGAUAUAUUAAAGCAAUGAAGCAAG